UUUGUACUUUGGCGACGGUGCCUACAGUUCAAAUCCAUCCCAGCGUGCAGCGCGCCCUAACGGCUCCACACCACACACCGCAUUGCCGGUUUGCAGCAGGCCGAUUGGAUUUGGGGUCCUUAGCCGGUCAACCGGGUCGAACCGAUCCACGACAAAGAAAAGGACCCCAUUUAUGUGUCUGCUAGCACAGCCUCCCCUACCCCGAAUUCAGACUGGCCGCAUAUACUUCGUGUGAACGACCGGCGGGUAUUCAUCCACACUGUUUUCUCGGAACCGAACCGACCUGAAUUGAAGGGACAUUACACCAGGCCCUCAUGGCCGAACCGCUGCAGCCCCAGACGCCGAGUAGACAUGAGAAGAGCCUUGGACUUCUCACCACUAAAUUCGUUACCCUUUUGCAGGAGGCGAAAGACGGGGUUUUGGAUCUCAAAGUGGCAGCAGAUACGCUUGCUGUCAGGCAAAAGAGGCGCAUCUACGACAUUACCAAUGUUCUGGAGGGAAUUGGCCUGAUUGAGAAAAAGUCCAAAAACAGCAUCCAGUGGAAAGGAGUUGGUCCUGGUUGUAACACCAGGGAAAUUGCAGACAAGCUUAUUGAUUUGAAGGCAGAGCUAGAAGAUCUUGAAAGGCGAGAGCAUGAGCUUGACCAGCAGAGGGUUUGGGUACAACAGAGUAUCAAGAAUGUCACAGAUGACAUCCAGAACAGUAGAUUAUCUUAUGUAACCCAUGAAGAUAUCUGCAGCUGCUUUAAAGGUGACACACUUCUUGCAAUCCGGGCACCCUCAGGUACACAGCUAGAGGUUCCAGUUCCAGAGGGAGUGCAGAAUGGGCAAAAGAAGUACCAAAUUCAUUUGAAAAGCGCAUCUGGACCCAUUGAGGUCCUACUUGUAAAUAAGGACACCGCGAGCUCACCACCCGUAGUACUGCCAGUGCCACCUCCUGAGGACCUUAUUCAGAAUCUUCCUCAGGCGCCAGCCACACCAGUUUGUUCCACCUCCCCAAAAAGGACCUCUCUUCCUUCUCAUCCUAGCACUCCACAGCAACCAUCCACUCCUGCCAUCACUGGCCAUACAUCUCAUCAGUCUACACCCAUGUCCUCAUCUUUAGGAUCCUGUAGUGCCGUCCAAGCUGUGUCUGCUACAGAUCCUUCUAGCAACGCCAGAAAUGAACCUGAGCUUACGCCACCUACAACAGAUGCCCCUACCAAUCAGACAACCUCUUUAGAUACACAACCACUUCAGUCCUCUGCGUCCCUAGACAGCAGCACUAACCUUUCAUCUGUGACUCUUGAACCCAUUAAAUCUGAUCCUGCAGAAUUACUGGAUUUCCCUAAAGAAUUGUCAGAAAUGUUUGAUCCUACUAAAGAAUGUAUGAGUGCUGAACUUUUAGAAGAACUAAUGUCCUCAGAAGUGUUUGCUCCAUUGCUCAGACUUUCUCCACCACCAGGUGACCACGACUAUAUCUACAACCUUGAUGAAAGUGAAGGCCUCUGUGACCUUUUUGAUGUACCCAUCCUUAACCUUUGACACUUGAACAUUAUAUUUAGGACACUUGUGAAUAGAUACUUUAGAAAGAUGAAAAAAAUAUUUUUACCCUUCAUGGAAUAAAAUACACAUAUAUUUUUGGAGUUUUAUUUCUGAUAAGCUGUUUGAAGACAAAAAGAAGGAAUGUUCAGAUAUCCUGGAAACUGGCGCAGAGAAUGAUAUUAACUGAACAGGAGGAGCCCUGUUUGUUUCUUUUAAAACAUAAAAUAUCAGUUUUUGUUUCACACACAGAUGUCUUUGUUCCUCCAUAAUUUUGACGUCCACUUCAAGAGACAAGAUCUUUUUACUUCUCAUUUAACAGAGAAACCUGACUUCUAUUUAUCUUUUAUGGGUUUGAAGUUCAGUUUGUGCAUUUGUACUGGAUAAUGAUUUUGAUUCUACAAUAUAUACAUACAAUAUUUUUUCAUUUAGACUCAGCCUAAGGGCUGAGUUUUGACAUCUUGUUUAAAAGUGGCUUAUAAGAACCGAUGGAAUCUCAAAAUCUCUCUGGCAGUUUCCAUGUUUUUGUUAUUUGGUUGUGUGUGUGUGUGUGUUUUUUUGUUGUUUUUUCUUUUAACAAAAUCAGGAAAUUUGUGUAUAUUUAUGUGUGUCUUUUUGUAUUUGUUGUUUGAAUAUAUAUGUAUAUAAAUGUUCUUUCUAUCAAUUUCUAGGAAAACAAUAUUUUUUAUAAGAAAUUCUGAUUUCAAAAAUACCAAAACCAAAAUGUUUUUAUGAAAAAAGUAAACAAUUAAUAUCACAACAAUUCCUAAAUGAAGCUUUUCACAUUAAACCAACCAACAGCAGUGUUUGGUAUGGUGAGAUAUAUACAUGUGUAUACAACAGUAUACUGAACCUCAAAGUUUGCAAAAUUAGUUUUAAUCUAUUACAAACUCUAUAUACUGCCCAGUUAAUAUGAAAAGGAGACUAUGUUUAACUGAAUGACUAAUUUACCUAGUUAAAGAAUGUUAUUUACUUACCUCGUUGGAAAAAAAAUGACAUAUUGCUUGUCUAAUCUGUUUUCCACAUUGCAUUGUGGAUACCUUGUGAAAUGAACAUAUGUGUACCGAGUUCUAAAUGUUUCAAGUUUACUGUCAUUAUAGUGGCCUUGUCAUCUAUAGUCUGUUUUUCCGGUAAAAUCCAGGCAUCAGAUCCCAGGAAAUAAAAGCAUACAUUUCUAAUUCAAAUUACUGUGAUUAAAAAAUCUGGCAGAAUAUGCAAGAUUAAGUUUGUCAUGUUAAUGGGACAUCUUUUCGUGUUUGUUUGCAAUAGUUUGUUUUGGUGUAACCUUCAGGCAUAAUUUGCCAUGCUUUAGCGGUGGGAUGUUCAUAUUUAUUUGCCUAUAAGGAGACAGAUAUGUUGAAACCAAGCUGUCUAAAUGGGUUUAUGUCAAGCAGAAAGAUAGUUAUAAUAAGAAAAAUCAAAAGUACCCAAUAUUUCAUUUAUUUGGCAUUAUUUGUACAUGGCCUCAGACGCUUGGUAACCAUUAACAGAAAAAGUAAAUCCCAAAGCUUUUUUUAUCUAUACAGUGUUGAAGUUGAAUGUGCAGUGAAUGUUAGCAUGGAUUCUAUUAUCUCACUAAAUAUCGUUGCUGUUAUCCAGAUAAAGGGUACAUAUCUGUCAAAUUUAAAAGUGUAGCUUUUCAAAUGAAAAAUAGUCCACAGUGAUGAAGAUGUGUUUUAUAGGGUGACACUAAAGAAUAUUGAGCUCUCAGAUUUAUUAGGGUUAGCAUUUGGAAAUUUUAAUUAAAUACAAUUAUUUAGCCUGUUAACUGCCUUUAGUGAUAUUCAGUAAUUGUGUUUUCUUAUCUUCUUAUAUUUACAAACAUGUAAUGUUUCCCCCUCCCUUACAAAAAUGUCCUUAAGAUUCUUUUAUCCUCAGACUUCAGAAAAUGAUUGUUGCUUUCCUGCUUAACUCUAGCUAUUGGUACCAUGUCUUUAAAGUUUAGUCUUACCGAUGUUGUUGCCAAUAAACAAUGCUGUAUUAGAGAGCAUGGGUUUUUGGUGAUGCUUAUUAUACUGUUUGAACAUUAACUUCUAGUUUAAUAUAAAGCACAAAUAAUGGUAUUAUUUUCAAUCAUAAAAUAAUAAAUGCCUCUGUACUUGCCAAUUUGUGAUGUACACUCUUUUUGUAUGCAGCAGUGUUCAACAUGUCAUAUAGGUGUACUUUUUAAAACAGACACACAUUAAAAUACCUUUACCCUACAGCCGCACUACAUAUUCUUAUUAUCCUAGUUGUACCGUACAUUUAACUGAGUCUCUCAUACUUCUCCUGAUUAAACUAAUUACAAUCUUCAAAUGUACAUUUCCCUCAUCAAUACUUAUGCUUACAAGCAGAGGUCCAUUUUAGCAUUGUUUUAACAUGUUAUUCUAAUAUAAUGUUCGUUCACUCCCUCCUGUCUGCAUUUGCUAUGUUAAGCAAACAGGUGGUAAAAUGCUGGGACACUAAGUCUUAUUCACCCAAGAUUAUCAAUCAAGUUCAGAUGUUAACAAAAAUGCUCAGGUUUUGAAAAAUGUAGCAAACUACUUUGUAUUUUUCACCUACACUAUUUAUCAUCUUCAAAUGAGAUGUUGAACGUGUCUUUUUAGUUUUCUGUAAGUUGUUGCUGAUACAAUGCCUUAUAUGAAGUCCAGGUGCUUCAGUCUGCUGCCCAGUCUGGAAUUUCUUCAGCAUAUACAUAUAGUUUAUGAUUUACAAAUAUUAGAUUUUUUUGUGUGUUUUUUUUUUUUUUCCUGCUGUUUGAAUGUUAACCCAAAAUUGUGGUGUGCAAGUCUAUCUUUUGUUUCUCCCUUUACUCUUUUAGACACUGGUGUGCCAAACUAGCAAUUGAUAAUCAAUGAUAAUAAAAAUCCGAAUCAGUGUUUCUUUUUCUUUGAGGAAAAUGGCAUAAAAACCAUUAUUUAACUCUGUAAAACGGAAUGCAGAUGACUGAUCAUUGUUAAUCUGUUGAUCGGUUUUCAUGUGCUUAACUGCCCAGUGUGAAGUGCAAACUGCCAUUAAGAAUUCUCCUACUGUUAAUAAAAUGUUUUGUCUUCCAGUGGUGUGUGUAUAUACUGCCCACUCUCUAUGUGAGUGUCUGUAGUCUCUUCUGUCCAAUUGCAGGGGGAGUCUGACAGGACCUUUACCUGAUUCAGGUGUGUACUGCUAACUGCUUCUGUACAGCACAUUAGGGUUGAUGAUUUUAUUAAUGCCCGUUUGUCAUUUUAUGUUAUUAACAAACCUUAUUUGUGUGCAUUUUUGAAAUCCCUUCUAGUAGUUACCAUUUCAUUAUUUCAGAUUAAUAUUUGUAUUAAAACCUAGUACUAGCGUGUUGAUUUUUUUUAUCUUUAUCCUGCGUCUUGUUGUCUACAGAGUUCUUAAUGAGACUGUGCCACAUAUUGAGGUACCUGUUCUGUUUAUAAUUAUUAUUUUUAUAUUUAUGGAGUGUAAUAAGAAAAUACAUGUAGUCUUUGUUUUUCUGUACACAAACUUGUAUCUGAGUGAUCUCAACAAAGCACUUUACAAGUGAAAAGUAAAAUCACCGUCUUGACACGGGGAAGUUAAGCCAUUCCAUAAAGUUUUUGUCCAGGAAAUUUGUCUAUUUUAACGUUCAAGCUCAUAUGAAGCUAAUUAAGUGAAUAAAUAAACCUUUGUAACAAACUGAUUAGCUUUGGCUACAGUUUUCCUGAUUUGCAAAAGUAAAUAAUAAUAAAAAAGAUACCUUUUUUAAUGAA